AUGAUGCCUCCCUGACGGCCACAAGUGAUGGCGGAAAGUUCCGGUGACAUGAAUCAGUAAACAGAAACCACAGCUAUUGAUGUUUCCAGUGUGUCUUAGUAAUAUAUUUACCAGAAACCUAUCAUCAUGAGCUCCGUUGACUUAAAAAAUCAAGGUAAUAGAUUGUUUGCUGCCAGGAAAUAUGAAGAUGCAAUACAGUGCUACACAAAAGCAAUUACAAAAAACCCAGCUACUCCAACAUACUACACCAAUCGUGCAUUAUGUUACCUGAAGUUGCGUAGCUGGGAGCUUGCAGUGCAAGACUGUCAUCAUGCCUUGGACUUAGACAGAUCCUUGGUCAAGGGUCACUUCUUCCUGGGCCAGGCAAUGGUUGAGAAGGGCAUGUAUGAUGAGGCAAUCACACAUCUUAUGAAAGCCCAUGAUCUUGCAAAAGAGCAAAAACUGAAUUUUGGAGACGAGGUAACUGGUGCACUGCGGCUCGCUAAAAAGCGACGAUGGAAUAUGAUUGAAGAGAAGCGAAUUCAACAAGAGAUUGCUCUCCAAUCUUACUUGAAUAAACUUGUCAGUGAAGAGAGAGAGAGGCAAAUUGAAGCUGUGAAAAAGGGAGGUCAUGACAAAGAUACCACACAGGAAACUGAGCGAAUAGAAUAUGACCAUGACCUGCGACUAAAAGAGAUCAAUGAAUUAUUUGCACAACUUGAUGAAAGGAGGCGGAAACGAGAAGUGCCUGACAACCUUUGUGGGCGAAUCAGUUUUGAAAUCAUGCGUGAACCUGUGAUCACUCCAAGUGGGAUUACAUAUGACAAAAAAGACAUUAUUGAGCAUUUACAGAGAGUUGGUCACUUUGAUCCAGUGACAAGAAUGGACCUAACCCAAGAUCAGCUGAUACCCAACCUAGCCAUGAAGGAGGUCAUUGACAACUUUUUAGAGGCAAACCCUUGGGCUGAGGACUACUGAUUUCAGCUUCAAGCAUCAGUAUUCAUGAUGUCGCCUUUUCUCACUGCUGCCUUAUCCCAUUCCACACUGUGGUAGCUACAGAGCCUGUGGUGUGAUCUCAUGGUCAUGGCUCAUAGGUCAUAGUGAAGUCUUUUUAUUGUAAGAUACACAGUAAGCACAUUUCUUAGUAUCAAAAAAGGUCUGGGUUGUUGGAACUAUGUUUUCUGUGCUCAAUUGUUAUAGGUCAGAAUAAAGGUCUUUGUAAAUCUUCAACCCAGUACUUUCUAUUAAUUGUCAUGGUAGUAUUAUGACAUGUUUGUGUGGCUAAUGUGUUUAGCACGUGGACAGCAAAGGCAUGCAAGCAAGACUGUGUUAGGAGUGCGUGUAGUAAGACUCAGCCAAUGCCAUCUUGACGUCCUAUAUAGUGUGGCUGUUUCAUAGUCUCCUUUAUUUAUUUAAAUAGAUUCCUUGCUUAGAACUAGCAUGCAAAGCUGUGACAAGCAAAUAAUAAAAACAUGCUUUUUCUAGUAACAUGCUGUGAUGAUCCAAAGGAAAUAGGAUGUGUAUAUCUGCUUAAAGCAUAGAUGGCCUAAGACCCUGAGUUCAUGUGUCCUUUGUCGAAGUGAUUAUAAGGAUUAGCAUUUACAAGAAGUGUUGACUGUGUGGAUAUGUGUUGUAUGCCUUUGUGCAUACAUUUUAUAUUGGCAUGAUAUGAUGCAUGGAAGAGACAUCAGAACUAAUCACUAGACUAAAUCUUCUGUGUUGUUGGCCUUGAACAUUCUAAUAAUUCUUUCUUUUCUUUCUGUUGUUGCUUUUUUAUCUGUUAUAUUUUUAAUUCUUGCAAGUUGUCAUUUAUCUGUUUCCAUUUAAACUAAGAGGGAAUGAGGCUGGCUUAUAUCUUUAAAUGUUUACUUAAAUUGUAGAGCUAGUUGCAACUUUGUACACAAUAGAAAUGUGAUUCAUACAGAAAAAACACAAAGACAACAGAUGACACCAAGUAUUAAAUCGUAAUUCACUU